UUAGGAUAAGUUGUCUUAACGUAUCGGCAAUGAGUUACAAUCAGUUGAGUUCGGAAUCUGGUGAUUCCCCUCCACCAUAUUCUGAUGAACCUGAUACCGAUCCACAGCCGGAGAUAAGGCUGGAUACUGCAUCGCCACAUGGCGUAUAUCCGCAGGUGCCGGUGCCCGCACAAUUGUCACCAACUCUUCCAGUGACCGUUGUGCACCAGACCAGUGUUGUGGUGGACACCCCCGGUGGGGGAAUGAUCUGUCCCUACUGCAACGCCAGGAUUCGAGUUCGAGUGGAGCGCCAUGCCACUGGAAAAACUUACUGCUUGGCCUUGAUGCUCUGCCUCUUCCUUUGCUGGCCCUGUGUUUGUGCUCCAUGUUGCUGCAACUGCUGCUACAAGACCUCCCAGUUCUGCCCCAACUGCAACGCCUGUUUGGGAUCGUUUUGAAGACGUCAACGAAAAAUAUUAGCAUCAUAAGACUGCAUCACAGAAUACAAUAUCGUAAGAGGCAAGA